AUGGAUAAAAUUCAAAAACAACGGAAGAUUGUUCGAAGCUCCUUCACUCGGUUAAGUAAUCAGAUUUUAAAUGGAAUAAAAUCAGACGAAGCCAAAGAUUUGGUGGACGUUAAAGCUAAAUUUGAAACGCUGAAAAUAAAGAAAGAAGAACUUCAAAAGUUGGAUAACGAAUUAUUGGAACUUAUGCUGCAAUUCGAUAAUACUGUUACAGAAGAAGAAAUUGAAAAUAAAAAGCUUAAUGAAGAAAAUUCAUCGAUAAACUUAGAACAGCUGAAUCGUAAAUUCAAACUUCCUAAAAUUGAACUUUCCAAAUAUGACGGUAGUAUAAAAGGCUGGUUAUCAUUUUGGUCAAUGUUUAAGAAAAUACAAGACGAUCCAUCUUUAGAUCUUGGCGACAAAUUUCAAUAUAUUAUACAGUGUACAAUUGACAAUUCUCGUGCGAGAGAACUUGUUUUAAGUUAUCCAGCAACAGCCGAAAAUUACCCAAAAGUAAUUGAAAGUUUUAAAAGUAGAUUCUGCAAGGAUGAUGUUUUAGUUGAAUUUUACAUUCGAGAACUCUUGUCUUUAGUGAUACAAAACUCUAUAUCUCAAAUGUCUAUUUCACUUUCUUCUCUGUAUGACCAAAUAGAAUCACAAUUGAGGACUUUGGAAUCAUUAGGUACAACCACUAAAAUGUAUGAUGCAAUUUUAUUCCCGUUACUGGAGUCAUGUAUUCCUGAGGAGCUUCUUGGAGUGUGGCAAAGACAGUCAAAAAUUGGCGACACUCCGAAAGAUAGACUUGAUGGUCUGAUGUCAUUUAUGAGAAGUGAGGUAGAAAGUGAACAGAGAAUUUCGAUGGCUGUUGGCGGUUUUGACUUCAAGAAGCCUAAAUUGACGAAAGACAAAACAUCGCCAAAUGCGCAUGAUAAAGUAGUACCAACUGCAAACGAUUUAUUUUCUGGUAACGAGAAAAAAGAAAAGUUAGCCAAUUGUAUUUUUUGCCAAAAAGUACAUGAAAGUAAAGAUUGUUUUUUGGCAAGUAGGAUGUCUUAUGAAGAAAAACUAGAAAAGAUAAAACAAGAAAAAGCUUGUUUUUGCUGUCUUAAGGUAGGACACCUAUCAAAAGCGUGUAAAACAUUUGUAAAGUGCAUCAAUUGUGGGAAAAAACAUUGGGUUGUGAUGUGCGCUGAGCUCAAAAUCAACCAGAAGUCGCAAGAAGUACAGAGAAAUGACAAUGGAAAAACUUCUUUAUCUAGUACAAGCUGUUCUGGAGAGGUUCUUUUACAAACUUUAUUAGUGAAGUUAAAAUCAAACACACUGAUAGACACUGAAAUGAAAACCAGAGAAAAUUUUAUUGCCGGUGAAUCAGAAACACAUAUUGAUCGUUGCGUCUUUUAG